UUCACUCAUUGACUUCAAUUUGUAAACACUGUGUAUUAGUGCAGUUUCAGUGAUAAGCCACACUUGGACUUUUCAAAUUAUUAUCAAAAUGCAUUUGAAAACGAUUUUAAUUCUAUUGAUCAUCGGGGCUGUCUACCUCAAUGAGUCCGAAGCUGGUUUGCUCAAGGCCAAAAUUGCCGUGAAAGCAGUAAAAGCCAAAGCUCUCGCACUGAAGGCGCCGCAUAUCAUUGCAAAGGUGGCCGUUGCCAAAGAAGUCAAAGCAAAGACGAAAAUUGCACUUCUCAAAACUGGUGCCGCUUUGAAGGCAACUAAAGUUGCUUUCGUGAGUGCCAUCACAGCUCCGUUCCGUACAUUCAAGAAAGCCAAAGUAUUGAAGGUCGUCGCUUUGAAAAAACUCGCAGCAUUAAAGGCAGCCAAAUUGGCCAAAACAGCCAUCAUUCUCAAGAACUUGAAGAAGGGUCCAAUCAUUUUGCCAGUUCCAGUUGCUGUUCCACAAAAGAGUUUGCCAGCCGUUCAGCCAGCUGCUUUGCCUGCUUUCACAACUUUGUCAAGCUUUAAUCUUCCGGCACCAUCACUCAGUGACUCACUUGCACCAAUUCAAGGAUUUAUCUCUGGAGCUCAAAAAGCAAUUCAAACCGCCGGCUCAGGAAUUCCAUUCAUUUCACAAUUGACCAAGAGCUUUGGUAGUGCCGAAGUGAAAAAGGAUGCCCCAGUCGUUGCCCCAGCACCAGUGUACCGAUAUGUGCCUGAGCUUGAUUUCCCAAAUUCAAACCAAGUUAGCUACCAACCAAAAACCGAAGCUGCUGUACAAACUUAUGAGGUACCAGCUACAGCCUAUGGUCUUCCAGCCAAAACUUAUGGCAUUCCAAACUAAUCGAUACACAGUUAUAGUAUAAGAAAAAUUUGUUUUCAAUCGUAUUAGGGCAAAAAAUUUCAUUUUUUUUUUAGAUAUUUCCAUAAUUUAUUCCUUUUUUUGGAACAAUAACAAUCGUAUAGUUUAUGCUAUAGAUCUUUGUGACAUUGUUUACUGAAAUGGAAGUACAAUAAAUAAACUUUUAAAAUAAAAUA